AUGGCUAGUGUCAUUGCACCAGUGGGUAACAUGUGGCAAAACACACCCUUGCCACUUUGGACCCUUUCAAUUUUGAGGUCCCUGGGGAGGAGUCUUGGUCCUUUAAAGGUCCACAUGGCAGAAAGAAAUGUGAAGUUGUUCUUCGGGAGAGUGGUGCCAGCCCAAGGGGAAGAAACCUUUGAAAACUGGCUGAUCCAAGUCAAUGGGGUCCUGCCUGAUUGGAAUAUGUCUGAGGAGGAAAAGCUCAAACUGUUGAAAACACUUAGGGGUCCAGCCCGGGAGGUAAUGCAUUUGCUCCAGGCCACCAACCCCAAUCUAAGUGUGGCUGAUUUCGUGUGGGCGAUGAAACUGGUGUUUGGGGAGUCUGAAAGCAGUGUCACCACUCAUGGUAAAUUUUUUAACACUCUGCACACAUAAGGGGAGAAAGCCUUCCUUUAUGUGAUCUGUUUGGAAGUGCAGCUCCAGAAUGCUAUUCAGGCAGGGAUAGCUCAGAAAGAUGCCAACCAGACUCGCCUGCAGCAGCUCCUUUUAGGAGCUGAGUUAAAUAGGGACCUGCACUUUAGGCUAAAACAUAUUCUCAGGAUAUAUGCAAAUGAUCAGGAUCAUCUUCCUAGUUUCUUGGAGUUAAUCAAGAUGAUAAGGGAGGAAGAGGAUUAGAAUGACACAUUUGUGAAACCAAAGCGACCCAAGAGGUCUGAGGUAAUCUUGGAGAGGGCAGCAAGCCCUGUAGUAUUUCAGGGUCCCCAGCCAAUAGCAAUCAGCAGCACUGACCGCAACGUAAUAGAGGUAGAUGAUACCCUUGAUGACUCAGAUGAGGAUGUUAUCCUGGUGGAGUCUCAGGACCCUCUACUUACAUCCCUGGAAGCCCCACCCCUCAGAGGGGCCAGACCUCUUGAUCCAAUACUGGUCAUUGAUUGCACCAACAGUUCCCGGGCUCAAUCUCCUUACACCAGUGGGGGUUCUGGGUAUAAGAAUAAUGGUCCUGGGGAUGUGUGUAGAGCCAGGAAGUGAAAAUACGCAAUCUUCUGUUCAUAUUGUGGUGAGGAGGGCUACUCAACGGAAACCUGUAACAGUGAAAGCAACAAGGCCCAGGUGAUUGAGAAUCUCGUCAUCACCCUGCUGGAGCUGACACAUACAGAGAAGGAGAAGUCAAAAGAGGUUCCUGGCAAACACAAUGACCUCUUUGGGCCUUUAGUAAGGUAUUAGAAUGAGCCCUACGUGAACCGUCAACUGUAUUCAUGUGGGAAAAACAGCGGGGUGGGGAGAAGUAAACUUCUGUCUGCAUUAAUUAAUCCACAAAAUGGUUUUAUUUGGGGCAGAAAAGGUCUUAGAUGCCAUCAAAAUGGAGGGGAUGGCCUCAACCCUGUCCCUGCUCCCUCCUCUGUCUGCCUAAGGAUCUAUUCUGUGUGUGUGUCCAUUUCCUUGAUGACUAUUCUUUUAAUGAAAGGAGUAUAUUCUGUUAAACCUUCACAAAAUGAAGGAAAAUACAAAUUACUGGAAACUCUCCAUCCUUUUAUAAACAUUGUCAGCCCUUUGAAGAGUGUCCUUCUGGAUACUUCUCUGUA